UUCGUUUAUGUGGAAAGAAACGAGCUUUGAAUCGCUUGUAGAAGGCGUUCGUCGUAGACGAGAUACUUUUGUGCUGGGCUCUAAGAGGAACAUGGCGUACUGCAAGCAGGUGGAGGUAAUGAAGGCAGCGAAAUCUCUGUUCAUCAAGCGAUCUCGUACCUUGUACCGCUGGCUGAACCCGGAUUUUACGAAGAAAAAGCUAGAUGAGACAGUUUCAGCAGCCUGGGACACGUUACCGGACAACGAGAGAUACCUUUACAUUGCAGAGGUACUGGGAAAAUCCGCCCUUGAAGUAUCUAGCCUCAUGAUCAAUCCGCAGUUGGACGUGUUGACGGAACUGUCAGAGAAGGGUCACGUGACAUAUUCGAGAGGCGGUGUUAAUGAGGCAGAAAGGGCCGUGGAGGAACUUUGUGCUUCUUCUGAUUUACAGGCCUCGUCAUCUUACUCCGAAAUGAUGCCACAAAAUACUACGAAGAUCUGUAGAAAACGCAAAUCACUGCAGUCGCUGAGUACCCCUCUUGGGGCUGUUCGCCCUGAGGACCUGGAUGAAGAGACUCCCAUCUUAAAACGCGUACGCAAAUCGCAUUUAGAAGCCGAGUUUAAGCAAAACCAAGAUGUAACUUGUCAAGUUGAAACAACUCUAUUUGUGCUUGAAUCAGGAGGUAAGGAUGAGGAGAAGGAUUUCUCGAGAAACACAACUGAUCCAGAAGAUUUGUCGUCUGAAGAAUCGGCUAUUUGUAACAAUGAUGUCUUUUGGGGAAUGGGAAAGGAUCCAGAAGAUCUCCAUUCAAACACACAUUUGAUGUCUGAAAUAUCAGCUCUUUGUAACAAUGAAGACUUUUUUGGAAUGAUAAAGGAUCCAGAAGAUCUCCAUUCAAACAGAGAUUUGAUGUCUGAAAUAUCAGCUCUUUGUAACCAUGAAGACUCUUUGGGAAUGAGAAAGGAUCCAGAAGAUCUCCAUUCAAACAGAGAUUUGAUGUCUGAAACAUCAGCUCUUGGUAAGAAUGAAGACUUUUUUGAAAUGAUAAAGGAUCCAGAAGAUCUCCAUUCAAACAGAGAUUUGAUGUCUGAAACAUCGGCUCUUAGUAACCAUGAAGACUUUUUUGGAAUGAUAAAGGAUCCAGAAAAUCUAUUUUUCGACGUGGAUUUGUUUUCUGAAACAGGGGAAUCAAUUUUCAAAUUUAAUUUUUGAAGAGCUUGUGCCAUAAAAUUGUACCAAACCUAGUAUUUUGUACUUGCAUGUAUACAGAAUACUUUGAAAUUCAAAUCAGUCUGUGAUAUA